ACAACUCAGGUCUGCCUUGCCAUUUAUCUACAUUUGCUGAAAAUAACAACAUCCUCAGGAAUAAGCUGCAUUUCCGAACCAUAGCAAGCCCGUAACACCCCAGUCGACUUAAUCUGAAAAGCCUUCAAGUUAGCAGACCUUCCUCCCUAGCUUCACGAAUCACCAGAGGACUGCGCAUACACGUUGAACAUAUCAACUUUCAGAGCUUAGAACGUCAUCUUCGAUCCAGGCUGCCCAAGCUUUUGGUAUGCAUACGGCGGUGGCGGCCCCGAACUUUUACUCGGUCACACUGAUGAAGGAGAUUGAAGAGGAGGAUCAAUGUGUGCCAGGCAGAAACACGACGCUUGUUCUGUGGAAGUUGGUGGGAAGAAUAUGAGGUUCUUUGGCAGGCACGAUUAACCAGCGUUCAAGCUCGAGUACCGAAGCCAUAGAGACGGCAUGUUUUCCCCAAUAUCUCUCACUCCUACGACCCAUCUCGGGCUAGUCAACUUCCGGCACGCUAAAUUUCAUGUCGAGGUGGAGGGGAGACUACGGAAACCGGCUGCACAUUCAAUUCUAUGUUCAGGACCGCAUAUAUGCGGGUAUUCGAUUCGAAUAGCACGACACCAACAUACUAACAGUCACGCCGGAUCGUACUCUCAAAGGCUAGCGAGUUCGUUACUAUAUCGUGAAAACCUUGUGAUCUCUUUACCUUGGAUACAUAACCUUUUGAAGUCUGCUAUCAUCAGGGAUUGGUACCACAUCUCUUACGAGUCUCUCAAGACAUCCUUGAAUAAUCGCGCUCCUGCCCAUUCGUCAUUUUGGUCAACUUCUGACCUACGUCCUACCAGUGCGGGGCUACGAAGAGCGCGACUAUGGAGCAUCAGCCUCGGGGACGAUAGUGACGCACCUCUUGCCGUCCUUACCAUAUCUGCCGCUACCAGACGACACUGCAUUAAAGCAUCCACGUUAUCCACGCCUUUUUGCCACGGAUUCGGUUGGCGUUACAAUCUCUGCCUUGCCUUUAUUCCAUUCACCAGGAGAGGACAAGUCAAGGUCAAUAUCAUGACAUCUCUUCUCCGACAGUCAUUGAAUUGAGGUCGCCGCCGUAUCAGGACCGUGACCCUAGCUAUUCCUGAUUGCCUCGUGCCCCUACCAAUGCCACCACUAACACGACUCAAAAUCCACCUGACGUCCAUUCAUGCCGUUCGCUAAUACUUUCGAGGUUCAUGAAUAUCCAGCUGAUUCAAUCGUAUUUAUGUCACUUUGAUGUGCGGAACGGCUGCAAUUCGCAU